CUACUCCUUGUGUGUUUUUCUCUCUGUUUCCCCUGCGAGCAAUCCCUAGACUGAGUUCCGAUCAGUUUUUGAUAGGAUGAAGCUUCAGACAUAUGCUGGGUUUAGUUUCCUGGCGGCGAUCACUGUCAUCUAUCAUGCGUUCAGUAGUAGAGAGCAGUUUUACCCGGCAAUGGUGUACCUCUCCACUUCCAAGAUUUGUCUGGUGAUACUUCUGAACAAGGGCUUGGUGUUGAUGUGCAUGGUAUGGCAGUUGGUGAAGCGCAUAUUUCUUGGUUCUUUGAGGGAAGCGGAAGUGGAGAGGCUGAAUGAACAGGCUUGGAGGGAGGUCAUGGAGAUUCUGUUUGCAAUCACCAUAUUCAGACAGGAUUUCUCAGUGUCAUUCCUUGCAAUGGUGACAGCUCUUCUCUUGAUUAAAGCGUUGCAUUGGUUGGCACAGAAGAGGGUCGAGUACAUUGAGACAACCCCAUCAGUGACUACACUGUCUCAUAUCCGCAUUGUCUCUUUUAUGGGGUUUCUCCUGACCCUGGAUUGCUUGUUCUUCUAUAGUUCACUGAAGCCUCUGAUACAGACAUGGCAGGCAUCGGUUGCACUCUUCUUUGCUUUCGAAUACAUGAUCCUGGCAACAACAACUGUAGCAACCUUCAUUAAGUAUGUCUUCUAUGUUAGUGACAUGCUCAUGGAUGGGCAAUGGGAAAAGAAGGCUGUAUACACAUUCUACUUGGAACUUGUUCGUGACCUGCUUCACCUGUCAAUGUACAUCAUCUUCUUUUUCGUGAUAUUUGUGAACUAUGGUGUGCCCUUGCACUUGAUACGUGAGCUAUAUGAGACAUUCCGCAAUUUCAGAAUUCGUGUUGCUGAUUAUAUUCGAUACCGCAAACUGACAUCUAACAUGAAUGAGCGAUUCCCUGAUGCAACACCUGCGGAGAUCAAUGCAAGUGACGCCACAUGUAUCAUAUGCCGGGAGGAGAUGAUCACUGCCAAAAAGCUGCUUUGUGGACACCUUUUUCAUGUGCAUUGUCUGAGGUCAUGGCUAGAACGACAACAUACUUGCCCAACUUGCCGAUCAUUGGUGGUUCCUCCUGAAAAUGGUCCAGCUGGAGUCAGACGCCAACAUGGAAACCCACAGGAAGCCCAUCAACCUGGUGCAGCAACUCCGGGCGCAUUAACUCAGGGAUCGGCUGAUGAUGCAACAACUGAAAACAUAAGCCAACAUCAGGCCAGGCUUCGAGCUGCUGCCAUGGCUGCUUCUCUGUAUGACAAGUCCUUUGUUUAUCCUCCCAGAAACACACUGCUUUGGUCACCUGGAUAUCCUCCGGUGACUACUCAGGCCGUGGGACAAACUGCACAAUUUGCUGGCAACUCAGACGAAGAGAAGUUACUGAAGGCACAGAUGAUCAACUGCAUCGAACUCCAGAUAAAGUUACUUCAAUCCCAGCUGCAAGCUAUACAGCAGGAAGCAGAUAGACAUGCAACCCGAACCGGAGACGAAUGACCAGUGAUCGAUCUGCGAAGAAAGACCCGAAACAAAACCCCGACCCUGAAUAAAACUUCGGAAACCAGCCAUAGAGUCAUCAUCCUCUGCGAUAAACAUCGAUUGGCCUCAUUCCGUGAGGCUGUCGGUCCUUAUUGUACAGAAGUUUUGUUGAUCUUGAUUGGCCAUUUUGCUGAAGUUAAAACUUAAAACAUAUGACACCAUGGCAUCCACUCUGAACCAAGCUCAUCACAUUUUCAGGCAAUUUCCAAAAACAUUUCUGUAAAUUAUAUGAGAUCAGGAGUUAAAAAAUGGGACAAUUUUUAUUGAG